GUUCAACAGUUGGAGGUGGUUUAAGCGAAAGCAUCACUCACUGUUCCUCAACCGACAGAACCAGAGAUAGUUUGGGAUUUAUGUGAGGAGACAUACAGCGAUCGAGAGAGAUGGAGAGAAGGAGAGAGGUAAAGAGGCGAACCAGAGGGCUUGAGAGAUUGAAUGUGUUCAAGUCUUGUACAAGAGACAAGAAGAACAACAGGAGGACGGGAACCAAAACCAGGCCUCCAACAGCAAUCUUGUGGAUGCCAGCGGCGAGACACAGCCUGAGAGAGAGACAUGGACCAGGAAGAUGGACUUCAUCAUGUAUUGUGUGGGCUUUGCCGUCGGACUGGGGAACGUGUGGAGGUUCCCUUACCUCUGCUACAAGAAUGGUGGAGGAGCCUUUCUCAUUCCCUACCUGUUGUUUAUAUUCCUUGGUGGAAUUCCUAUUUUUUUCCUGGAAAUAUCUCUGGGCCAGUUUAUGAAAGCUGGAGGCAUCGCCAUGUGGAACAUCGCUCCACUCUUUAAAGGACUCGGCUAUGCUUCCUCGGUUAUCGUGUUCUUCUGCAACACCUACUACAUCAUGGUCCCGGCAUGGGCUUUUUAUUACCUUAUUAAGUCCUUCACCGCUGUACUGCCGUGGUCCACUUGCACAAACUACUGGAACACGGAGAACUGCAUCGAGACCUUCCGCCAUGACGCCUGCAGGAACGGCACCAACUCCAACUACACCUUCAUGAACAAGACCUGCGAGGAGUUAGAGAACGCCACCUCGCCCAUCAUUGAGUUUUGGGAGAACAAGGUGCUGCAUAUCUCUGAAGGUCUGGACAGUCCGGGUCAGAUCAACUGGGAGGUGACUUUGUGUCUGUUGGCCGUCUGGGUGUUGGUUUACUUCUGCAUUUGGAAAGGAGUGAAGUCUACAGGAAAGAUUGUAUAUUUCACUGCCACUUUCCCCUAUGUUGUCCUGCUCAUUCUUCUGGUGAGAGGUGUGACCCUUCCUGGGGCCUAUGAUGGGAUAAUGUACUAUCUCAAGCCUGACUGGUCAAAGAUUCUAGAACAACAGGUCUGGAUCGAUGCCGGCACUCAAGUGUUAUUUUCUUACGCGAUCGGACUCGGAGCGCUGAGCGCUCUUGGCAGUUAUAACCGAUUCAACAACAACUGCUACAGGGAUGCGUUCAUGUUGACCCUGGUAAACAGCGGCACCGGUUUCUUUUCUGGCUUUGUGGUUUUCUCCAUUCUGGGUUUCAUGGCUGCUGAGCAAGGUGUGGACAUCUCCGAAGUGGCAGAGUCAGGGCCGGGUCUGGCGUUCAUCGCGUAUCCCAAAGCCGUGACGAUGAUGCCCGUGGCACCGGUCUGGUCCACACUCUUCUUCCUAAUGCUGCUGAUUCUGGGGCUGGGCGGUCAGUUUGUUGGAGUUGAAGGCUUCAUCACUGGCAUCCUGGAUCUGCUCCCUUCACGUUACAGCAAACGUGAAAUUAUUGUGGGGUCCUGCUGCAUCUUGUGCUUUUUUAUAGAUCUCUCCAUGGUUACACAGGGAGGGAUAUACGUUUUCCAGCUCUUUGAUUUUUACUCUGCCAGUGGAAUGACCCUGUUGUGGCAGGCAUUCUGGGAAUGCAUUGUUGUGGCUUGGGUUUAUGGUGCUGAUAGAUAUAUGGAUGACAUUGCCCAUAUGAUCGGUUACCGGCCUUUCCCUUGGAUGAAGUGGUGCUGGUCGUUUUUUACUCCAUGUGUUUGCAUGGGAAUUUUCGUGUUCUACCUGGUGAACUACAAGCCUCUAAGCUACAACAGUGUGUACGUGUACCCGUGGUGGGGAGAGAUGAUCGGAGGGUGUAUGGCUCUCUCCUCCAUGCUCUGCAUCCCCAUUAGUGUCGCCUACAAGCUCAUCAUGGCCAAAGGAUCCUUCCGACAGCGCUGGGAAAGUCUGACCAAACCCGUAUGGGGUGCACAUCACCUGGAAUACAUGGCCCCUGGCACUGACAUGCAAAACCUGCCGUCCUCGUCCCCCGGAACCGAAGACAACAUCGUCUACGAGACCCGCUUGUAGCCGCGAGGUUGGAGGGUCCGCGCAAAGCAAAAAUAACGAAGAAAACAACAACAAUCCCGAAGACAAGCUGAUAAUGCUGCUGCUCGAAGCCGUUCUCCAGUUCAGAUUUUACACUCGUUUGUAUUUAAACAAGCAUCGUUUCAAAACGAAGACUUUUCUUUAUUUCUUGCUUUUAGAACUCCCAGGUUGAAAUCGCUGCUCUUUCUGUUUCACUCCUUGCAGUUCUGCCCUUUUUUUUGUUUGUUUUCGCAGCGCACUAUUAGCUUGUCCUCGCUUCGGACGAAGACAGACAGAGAGAAAGACAGAGACGGAUUUUAGCUUUGCUGUAGCUUUUUUCUUACCAUCACCUCCUCAGGGCAGAAUUCCCACAAAAUCCUCCUCGUCCAAUCGGAAAAUUCAGUUCAAAUUCAUUUCACUUGUAUAGCGAUUUUAACAUUAUGCAUUGCAGCAGUUUUAAAGAAAUGAUACAUUAUUAUUAUUAUUAUUAUUAUUAUAAAAAUUAUUAAUGUAAACAUAAAAAAGCUACCUAUGAGCUUCUCUCUAAUGAGAUAUUAACGGAUUCAGAAGGGAACCUAUCAGAUCAACUCAACCUAUCAGAUCAAACAUCAAUUAUGACCUGAGUGAUGUAGCUGAGGCUGAGGAACUGUCCGAGCCAAGUGUAAGCGAUUGUAGCACAAAUUAGAGCUCAAAUUUAUCGUCACUUACGUGUACACGUGUUUAGGACGAGGGGAUACACACACACACACACACACACACACACACACACACGGAUAAAAACGUACACAAUGAAAUCUUCACGCAACCGGGUCCACUGUAUUUAAGGGCCAAAAUAGAUGUUCACUCCACAUUCUCCCUUCUGUAGUGUAUUAUUCAGUCUUACUAACGUAUUCGUGUCUGUUUAGGCCGGACUAAUAAAACACCAGAGAAUAAGUGUUAGGUUAAACGUUCAAUUAAAAAAAAAAAAUUUUUUGACCAUCGAGGAGGUACGAAGUAACGGAUCAUGUGACGAACAAUUCCUGGUUAUUGCACAGUUUUUACAGUCAGGGAUUGUUUUUUUUUUUGUUUGUUUGUAAUACGUGAAUUAUUUACUUUUUUUGUUUUGCGUGCCAAACAUCUCGCUCAGUCAGAAAAGACUCGUUGCCAUACAGGGCCGAGUUGAACUCGUAUUCCUGUUCAGCUUCUCCACAAACGACUAGUAGCUGAAGGAAACUGCAUUAUUUUUUACACCAAAACGUGAGGAUGAGAAUCUUAAAGGAGAAUAACUUUAGCUUUCUUUUUUUAAUUCUGUGAUAUCAGUGAUGUCGAAUUGCCAAAAAAAGUAUUAAAUCUACGUUUGCAGUGUAAAACUAAGGGGUCGGUAUUGGGGCCGUCAGAAAUAAUUUAAAACACAUCAUUCUAUAGAACACACUAGAAAUUGAUAAACACUCCAACAAGGAUCAGAGAGUUUUUAUUUUUUCAGAGUUUUAGACCUUUUUUUUUUAUUAAAUGCAGGAAUUCUCAAGUGUUCAGUCAGAAUACCAAAAUGUAUUUUCCAUCUACGUCUACCUUCAGACUUCCAUUAUUGUCUGGGUUUUUCUUCUUCAAUAGAAAAAGGGGGUUUAAACCCUUAUUCGUGGCAACCACAAACGACACAACAAUACAUUUUGUUGAGAAGGAAAAAAAAUUUGAAAAUAUUAACGAUUGCAUUUCAAUUUAAUAUUUGGAUCACCCGCUACACAGACGUCCGAACGAGGGUUUUUUGUUUGUUUUGUUUGUUUUGUUUCUUCGAGCGUGUCGACUGAUCCGACCUCAGAUCCUGGUCACUGUAACUGACGGCAAACAGUUGCCUUUUUUUUUCGUUUGUUUGUUUGUUCUUUCGCUUUAGCGCCCAUUCACAUCGAGGUGUAAGUGCGCAGUGGGAAUUCUGCCCUUCUUUUCUUUCUGUAGUGUAGCUUACUCUUUAAGCCUUUCUAACACCAAUCUGAAAAAGAAUGUUAAAAAAAAAAAAAAAGUAGUACACGUUAAAUUUUAAUGUUGUUUUACAUAAUGUGAAAUUAUUAUUUUGCUGAUAUUCAUAUAUACAUUCAUAUACUAUAU